CGGCUGCAGUCCCGGCGGCUCGUGCCGCCCUCGCUGCGGGUGGGGGCGGGGCUGGCGGGGGCCAUGCCUGGGCGGUGGUUACUUCUCCGGGCGAUGGUCCGGGGCCUCUCGGCGAGAGCGACCUGCGGCGGCGGGCGGCCGAAGACAGCGCCCGGCUGGUUUGCAAUGGCUGGGGAGAUGAGAGCAAUGGCUGCCAGUCAGGCAAAAAGACUGAAGAGCAGCAAUGAGGAGACAGAAAACCAAGAGGAAAAUGGACACCAAGACAAAAGAUUCAAGAAAAGCCAAGAGGAUGUGGAGGAUCAGAAUAAAAAGUUUCCCAAAAGGAAGAUUGUGCUGUUGAUGGCAUAUUCUGGGAAAGGCUACCAUGGGAUGCAACGAAAUGUGGGGUCCUCGCAGUUCAAGACGAUCGAGGAUGACUUAGUAUCUGCCCUCGUUCGGUCAGGGUGCAUCCCAGAAAACCACGGUGAAGAUAUGAAAAAAAUGUCCUUUCAGAGGUGUGCGCGAACAGACAAGGGCGUGUCUGCCGCUGGACAGAUUGUGUCACUGAAGAUCUGGCUGAUAGAUGACGUUUUAGAAAAGAUCAAUAACUGUCUUCCUUCUCAUAUCAGAAUUCUGGGACUGAAAAGAGUCACUGGGGGAUUCAGCUCCAAGAACAAAUGUGAUGCCAGAACCUACUUCUACAUGAUCCCAACAUUUGCCUUUGCCCAUAAAGACCAUGAUAUCCAAGGUGAAACUUACCGACUGAGCAAAGAGACGCUUGAGAAAGUCAACAAGCUUCUUGCUUGCUACAAAGGGACCCAUAACUUCCACAACUUCACCUCUCAGAAGGGACCCAAAGACCCCAGUGCCAAACGGUACAUCAUGGAGAUGUACUGUGAAGAGCCCUUUGUGAGGGAAGGCAUGGAAUUUGCAGUGAUAAAAGUGAAAGGACAGAGUUUUAUGAUGCACCAGAUAAGGAAGAUGAUCGGUUUGGUGAUAGCUGUAGUGAAAGGCUAUGCACCGGAGUCCAUCAUGGAGCGCAGCUGGGGAGAGGAAAAGGUGGAUGUCCCCAAAGCUCCAGGGCUUGGGCUGGUCUUGGAAAAGGUGCACUUUGAAAAGUACAAUAGACGCUUUGGAAAUGACGGUUUACAUGAGCCACUGGAAUGGACGGAGGAGGAGGAGAAGAUUGCUGUUUUCAAAGAGCAACAUAUCUAUCCCACUAUUAUCAGCACGGAAAGGGAGGAGCAAUCCAUGUUGAAUUGGCUGAGCACCCUCUCCAUCCACGACUUCAAUGCCACUUCUUCAGGGGUACAAGUCAAUGAUAGAAACUCAAAGAGCAACGAUCUUGAAGGCAGUGAUGGUUGUGACGAUGACUCUGACUUUUGAGUCAGUAAAUAGCAGGAGCUGGGAUCUUUGCUGCUUGUGAUUCAGUUUGGGUAGAACUAAGUGGCCUUUCUAAAUCCAGCAAUCCAGUAAAGCAGAGGUUUUCUUGCAUGCUGAAAACAAGUAGUCACAGACGACCAAAAGGAACUGGGGGGGGAAUAAUGCAGCAGUGUCCCUGAAAGUGACUGCGUACACCACUAACUGAUGCAUUGGAAUGUGGAAUACUUGAAAACUAAAAUAACAAAAAAUGUACUUUAUAAAGGAAUCUUGUGCAGGAAUUGUUUUCAUUAUGUAAUUUGAAUUGUUUUUAUUACAGUAAAAGUGCUUAUGUGAAACAUACAGAUAUUUAAACAUGUGUAAUCUCCACAUAAGGCAAGUGCAAAACAUUUUAAAAUAGAUUUUUCUGUUUUCAUUUUAUAGAUUGAAGACCUCUAUGUACUACUUUAAAAACCUCUUUAGUUUACAGAAUUUCUUCAUCUAUAGCUGCAGUGAUUUCCAAAACUUGAGACUUUUGUUUUUUGCACACUAUCUAUGACUUUCAUAUGCAAUUUGUUUGGGAUCAGAAAUCUGUUGUUAUACUGGUGGCUACGGAUUCUCUGGCUAGAGAGAGACUUAACUUUCUUUGCCAACUUUAAGCUUGAGAAACUGUUCCUUUCAUGAAUGAGAUCUAAAUUUGGAAAGUGAGCUGGUAUGGGUGUAUCAGGGGAUACAUUGAUCUUUUUAUUUUAAAGAUGUUACUAACAGUAGAUGGUUCCAAUGUGUUCUUAUACUUGGACAAUGCCAGAACAUUGAUUUAUAGUUGCCUAUGUAUGGAGAGUAUCUCCAGACCAGGUAAUUGUUUCACAAACCCUUUAAUUAAGGUUUGUUAAACCACUUUGAACAUGUAAAGUACGAAACCUUAGAGAGGGUUCAGUACUGCCUGUGGUAGAUCGCCAGUUAUAUCGCCGUUGGUUUGCCAGCCCUUGUACUUGCUAGGUAGCUCUCUGCUGCAUUUUGGCCUAAAUGUGUAAAAUGUAAGGUUCACAUUUUCAGUAGGCUUCAACCUAGCAAUACAAAUCCUCAUUAUUCAUCUGCCCAUUCAGAUGGGGGAUUGUGUGUGCUGUCGAGUAGGUGUGCAGAUAUACGCACAUGGUUUCAGAGGUUGCGGCUGAAAAUUUGGCCCAUUUUCCCUUGGAUCUGUGUGCAGAAGAAGAGGAGAAUAUGCCCCUAACUUAGAGUUUAGAGGGGAAAAUAUGAAGUAGCAGUUGUGCAAGCUUCCUGCAAGCCUCAUACUUAUGAAGCCAGCUGGUGCCUUAGGAAUGGGAUGCCUAAAGGCAUCUCUACAUUACGGGGACUAUAAGGCAUAGCUACAGCACCAUAGCUAUGGUAGCAUAGCACCAUAGUGUUAGAUAGAGCAUGCUUCUGUCAGUCUAGCUGCAUCUACACCAGGAGUUAGGUCAACAUAGUUACAGCACUCCGGUGCAGAUUUUUCACACCCCUGAUCACCAUAGCUAUGUCAACCUGCAUUUUAAGCAAGGACCAGGCCUAGGAAACAUGUUGAUUGAGCCCUUUCCAGAUAAACUUCACCAGGUGGGCCUCAAAGGAGGCUCAGCUGUAUAAAUUAAAGCUCCCUUCCUGGGCAGGACCCUGGGGGAGGGCAGUGGUGUUGAUGACAGUGGAUGUAAAUUGUCUACUGGCACAGCAGCCCCUGUGGGUUUGACACACAAACUACAGCACCUGUGGAUGUGAAUUAAGCCUAUGGUCUCCACUGAAUGUAAUACUGUUCUCUCUUUGAAGGGCUGUCUCCUCUGUUCAGUUCUGUGAAACGUGUUAAAUGGCUUCUGUCUAAGGCCUCUGGACUUACGAUUCUGUCAGAGUAGUUUGUCCUUUUAUCUUUAUUAAUAAGUUGCUGCAGAUAUUAUGCUCUUAUGUUUCUUAAUGUUUUAAUUAGGGGUUUUAUUUUUAUCCCCAGAAGGUCUUGAUCCAUAUUUUGUCUCGUAGGUAAAGGCAGGAUUGUGAGGGGUAUGUCUGUGUGUGCCUUCAGGAGAUGCUCUCUUCCCCUAGAUUUUCUUGUACAUCCCUCAAUAUUUUGUAUAACUUAAAUCAUCUCUUCCCCCUCUCUAUUUUCUUUUUAAAUCAGCCUCAAACUGAGCAAAGUUUGGGUCAUUCUUAAUAAAAUAACUAUGGGAAUAUUGUCAACUCAAUGGGAACUUUCAUUUGUAACCUUUAGAGGAAACUGCCCUAGAUCAUUAAAAUUGAACAUUUUUAAUUU